UCCUUGUUAACUGAUGACCGAUCUUUUAAUAUUUAUUGGAAGUAACAGCAAAUGUAAAAAAAUCCGGCACUUACUUACGAAUGCUGUUUAUCCGCAUCCAAAAUACACUCUUCAAGUACAAAACCUUUUUGAGUCGUCUUUUAACAUCUGUGGUUACAAACAUCAAUGAAGUAUGUUACAGGAAUUUGGUCACCAGUCAACACGGAAACUAGUCUAUGCGAUACACCAGAUGUACCACCCAGAGUGCAUGCUGCAGCUCAGGUCGUGGACCAUGUCUUCCUGGACGAUGCUUUCACCGAGGAUCCAGCCGAGAACAGGAAGGCAAACGUCCCGUUGAGGCAGAGGAGUCCGGUUGUUUCUGCGCGCAGUGAGGAAAUACCUUCAUUUGACCAUGUCGGACAUUCAGCUCAAUAUAUUCGUCCCUGAAAAAACGACUGAGCUUAGGAAAAAGAGAAAGAAGAAUGACAGGUGGUCCCGCAGGAAGAUCCAGGCUCUGGAGAAAAGAGCGAACCACCUCCAGGCGCCCGUUUACAACGGAGUGAAGCGGCCAACGCCUCCGUCCACACGGGACCAGAGUACACCUCAGACAUCCGCUGCUUCCAGCGGCCGCUGCAAGCCCACCUCCUCCUCCUCCUCCUCCUCCUCCUCCUCCCCCUCCCCCGUCACCCCCACCGGGAUCCCCACCAAGGUCCUGGCCAUGGACUGUGAGAUGGUGGGCACGGGGCCCAAAGGCAGCGUCAGCCAGCUGGCCCGCUGCAGCAUCGUGUCCUACGACGGAGACGUGGUCUACGACAAGUUCGUCAAGCCCACCGUGCCCGUCACCGACUACCGCACCCGCUGGAGCGGCAUCCGGCCGCGCGACCUCCUCAAGGCCACGCCCUACGUCCAGGCCCGGAAGGAGAUCCUGAAGCUGCUGGCGGGGAAGCUGGUGAUCGGCCACGCCGUCCACAACGACUUCAAGGUGCUGGGCUACUCCCACCCCGGCCCCCUGACCCGCGACACGUCCCGGAUCCCCCUGCUCAACCGGAGGGCCGGCUUCGCCGAGACCGAGUGCGCCUCGCUGAAGAGGCUCACCAAGACCGUGCUGAACCGAGACAUCCAGGUGGGGAGGCGGGGCCACUCGUCGGUGGAGGACGCCAGGGCCACCAUGGAGCUGUACCGGGUGGUGGAGGAGGAGUGGGAGUGGACGCUGGCCUCCAGGACUCCCGCCUGAACACCGGGGGGAGGCAGCCUGUGGCGUCACGGAGAGGAGGGGGGUCUGGAGGUCAACGCCCCCCUCCCGGGCCACGUUUUAACCUCAGACUGGAAGGUGUCGUCAGGCGCCGCAGAUCGUGGUUUUGUUCCUGCUGGACUGUAGAAAGUGAAACUUCGUGCCUUCCUGGUCGCAUUUAAAAACAAACAAAAAAAAAAAAGAUUGUUUUAUCGCAUUUUCAGAUCUUACUGUCGUAAAUGUGAGCAGAGACGUCCGUCUGUGCUUCAGUUAGCAGGAAGAAGUUCUUCAUUGUCCUUCUAAACCUUGAAAUGUGACUUUUUUUAAAGAUCUGCUUUGGAAGUUCGAUGCUUGGUGUUUUUGUUCGUCACAUGAAAAUCAGGUUUCCGGUCCGUCGGUCUGAUCGUUGGAAGAGUUUCAGUCUCUCCAGUUUCCUCUGCAGCGUGGGGUCAGAGGUCACUUCAGAGAGUCUCCACCGGCUCGUGGUUCAGGAGGUGCAGCUGCUCCGCCGCUUCCUCCCUUCGUUUCUACAGAGCCCGUUCAUCCUGCGCUCACGGAGCGGCGGGUCAAUCUGACGUUUUCAGCCAGGUGAUCAUAUUAAAAGACUCCACGGCAGCAGGUGUGGCCAGUUUUUCAUGGUUUUUAACAUCCAAGGGCAGCUAAUCUGACCCGAAACACAGAUUAUUUUAAUGAUUUCUGACUUUAAAUUGUCUCUAAAAGUCGUUUCCUUCCUGCUGAGGUGUUUUCUGCCCUUCAGACCGGGUCAGACUCGCCGUCCGGUCCGGCCUCAUGGCGAGCGUCGGGUCUCUGCUGCCAGCUGUUCGUCCUGUUUGUCCUCCAGCAGCAGCGUCUCGGCAGCUCAUUAAUUAAAGAGAGAUUGUGCGGCGGCUCGUUAGAGAGCGUCUGAGCAGUAAAACCAGCUUCAGACAUGACAGGCCGAGCUGCAAAGUCAUGAAUGAUCAAAGCUUCGAUGAUUGAUCUGCAGAUAAUUCAGUUUCUGAAUAUUUCUAGCCUCAUUUCUCAUGUUCUGUUUUAUAAAGUCAGGAUUGGAUGAAAGUCUGAUUUUAAUCUGGAAGGCUGAAGACGAUCCAGUCCUGAAUUAUCAGCUUGAAUUGAGUUGACUUGUUCAAUCUGUGAAGCAGACGUGCCGUCCUCGGUUGGAUUACAGACGGUGUUUUGGUUUCUGAACAUGUUAAACUUUUCCCGCCGCUGAUCGUUCCUUCAUCUCACUCAUUAAAAAACCCAAAACAAACAUGUGAUUUAAUCCGCCGUGUCGUCCGGAGCAGUGAAGUGAAUGGUUUGAUUUUAUUCCCUUCAUCACUGGAAGCCGGCGUUAAUCCUGAAAGAGGCUUUGCUGCCGUGUGGAGAUUAAUACCUGCAAUAUUUCACCUCCAGGACGGAGCGACGUUUCCCGUUUUCAGCCUCCUGCUGAAAUAUUUCCACUCAGCCUUUAAGUUCAGCCUCCACAUGUAGAAUGAAAGCAGAUUAAAGGAUCACCUGCUGGAGGGAACAUAUGAGCCGCGCUGCCCCCGUCAGCCCACAUAACGGGUUUUCUGGAGUGUGUUGCCCCCGGGGGGGCAGGUAUGGGGGUCGGACCGUGUGUGUCGCCUCCCCAGGGGCAUAAUUCUCUUUUUAUUAGCCAGCCGGGGGCAGUGUGUCCACGGGGCGGAUUACUCUCACCCGGAACACUCCCAUCAGUCAACAGGUGGAAGAUGGGCUUCAAAAGUCUGAAAGCAGACCAGGGGAGUCAAACAUAAGGCCCGUGGGCCAAAAAGCGGCUCCAAAAAGGCUCAAAUCCGGCCGAACCGCCAAGAAAGUCAGUGAAAUGUCCAAGAAAACAACAGAUUGCCACUGAGGCCUCGGCGAUGCUGCCAUGAAGCGAGUUAGCCAACUAGCAUUAGCCUUAAAAACUCCCAGAAUGCAACAGCUGUAAAGGCCGUUUGACAUUUCACUGUUUUGCAUCAGACGGAUUCAUUAAAAUUGGAU